AUGUCGAGUCCGAUUAUAAAAGAUUUUGAGGAACUUGUAUCCGAACAUACUUUAUACGCGAUAUGCAAAACGACUAUGGGAACCUCUUUAAAGGAGAUGGGCGAGCUAGGAUCUAAAUAUCGCCACGCCAUUCAUGAUUUUGACAGAACGGAAUUGUUAAAAACGCUUCAUGGUUUUUCGAAAAAAAUAAUAGCAGAAAGGAAACUAUUUCACAUAGAAACUAAUGUGAAAUAUUUACAAAAUUUUAAUAAUAAUGAGUCAUAUUCUCGGUAUUAAUAUUAAUCGAAUAAUUUCAUAACAGAUCCAAUAUUCAAGAAAAGACUGGCUCUGCUAGACCUACUCAUAGCCGCUUCUCUGAAUGAUAAUCAACUAGAUGAAGAAGGAAUUCGAGAAGAAUUCGAAACUUUCAUGUUUGCGGUAGGUUGUGGAUUGGAAAGUAACGUCGUUUUUGCGCAUGAACUUAUAAGAAAUGAAGUGAAAACGGUUAUGCAACAAAGUGAUUGUAAACUAACUAUUCAAAUGGUUAGAGAAUUUUCGUAUUUGGAAAGAUGUCUCAAAGAAUCUCUUCGCCUAUAUCCAAGUGUUCAUUUUAUGACUCGUUAUAUAUCUCAAGAUCUGCAGUUGAAGAAUUAUAUAAUACCUGCCGGUUCAAUCUGUAACGUAAACAUCUAUAACUUACACAGAAAUCCAAAUAUUUGGACAAAUCCUGAUGUUUUCGAUACGGAUAGAUUUUUACCAGAAAAUACAAAAGGACGUAAUCCUUAUUCUUUCAUUCCAUUCAGUGCAGGACCAAGAAACUGCAUCGGACAGAAAUUCGCAAUGCUUGAACUCAAACUCAUAGUAGCUUACAUAUUGCACAACUUUUAUUUGGAACAUGCGGAUGGACUGGACGACGUUAAAAUAAUGAAAGGUAUUACUUUGCGCUUCUCAAAACAACAUCGCGUUAAAUUUAUAAUCAUAAAAUAA